GCGGCGCUUGUUGGCUCCGGAGUAAUAGCGUCGUAACGACACUUUUUUUUUUUUGCCUCACCUCACCACCACCACCCCCCAGUCGCUGUUGAAAGAGUUUGACCAGGGCCAGAGUUGGUCGGUAACUGGGGGGUCGCUCAUUUAGCUCCCUAUUAUCCUGGAGGACGAUUUUUUUCUUCAAAAUACAUUUUAUUUUAUUUUUUUAUUUAUUUUGUUUUUCAAAAAUUGGUUUCUACUGCUCUCAAUAUCGUCUCACUCUUGAUAUCUGGCAAGCCUUUCGAGAUUUCCCCCCUUCUUCUGCUCUUCAGAUCAUGAACAAACUAUAUGUUGGGAAUUUAAGUCCUUCGGUCACAGUCGAGGACUUGGAGCAGCUCUUCGGGGAGACGGAGCUGCCAGCGCCCGAGCAGGUCCUGCUGAAAUCCGGCUAUGCUUUUGUGGACUUCCCCGACCAGAACUCGGCCAUAAAGGCUAUAGAGACUCUCUCUGGUAAAGUUGAAUUGCACGGAAAGCUGAUAGAGGUAGACUACUCUGUUCCCAAAAAGCUAAGGAGUCGGAAGAUCCAGAUCCGGAACAUUCCCCCUCAUCUGCAGUGGGAGGUUUUGGAUGGCCUUCUUGCUCAAUAUGGCACUGUAGAGAACGUGGAGCAAGUGAACACUGACACAGAAACAGCAGUGGUGAAUGUUACAUACGCAACCAAGGAAGAAGCUAAAGUAGCAAUUGAGAAGCUGACAGGACACCAGUUUGACGACUACUCCCUAAACGUGUCGUACAUCAUGGACAUGGAUGGCGCCUCGCCCGUCCAGGCUCCCCGGACGCGGCGCGGAGGCCGGUCCUCCCGGGACCAGGACACCCCCCUGCCCGGACCGUCAGGAGGCUUUGGUUCACCCCGUCUCAGACAGCCGGACUUCCCGCUGCGGAUGCUUGUGCCGACUCAGUUUGUGGGAGCAAUCAUCGGGAAGGAAGGCCUGACCAUCAAGAAUGUCACCAAACAGACACAGUCCAAGGUGGACAUCCACCGGAAGGAAAAUGCAGGCGCAGCAGAGAAACCCAUCACCAUCCAUUCAACACCCGAGGGAUGCUCAUCCGCCUGCCGGAUGAUCCUGGACAUCAUGCAGAAGGAGGCCAACGAGACCAAGACGACAGAGGAGAUCCCUCUGAAAAUCCUGGCCCACAACAGCCUGGUGGGCCGACUGAUUGGGAAGGAGGGCCGCAACCUGAAGAAGAUCGAGGAGGAGACAGGGACCAAGAUAACCAUCUCCUCGUUACAAGACUUAACCAUUUACAACCCUGAGAGGACCAUCACGGUGAAGGGAAGCUUGGAGGCUUGUUGUAAAGCCGAGGCGGAGAUCAUGAAGAAGCUGAGGGAAGCCUACGAGAACGAUAUCGCUGCUAUAAAUCAACAAGCUAACUUGAUCCCAGGCUUAAACCUGAACGCUCUGGGCAUCUUCUCCUCUGGUCUGCCGGUGCUGCCCCCUGCUGCUGCUGCUGCUGCUGGACCACGUGGUGCAAUGCCCCCUGUUGCACCAGCAGGAUACAACCCAUUCUUAAGUCACUCUUCACAUCUCAGUGGCCUGUACGGGGUUCCUUCAGCAAGUGCCAUGCCCCACCAGCACUCAGUUCAGCAACAGGCUCCAGAACAGGAGGUCGUCUACCUCUUUAUUCCCACUCAGGCAGUCGGGGCCCUGAUAGGCAAGAAGGGCCAGCACAUCAAACAACUCGCCCAUUUUGCAGGAGCUUCCAUCAAGAUUGCCCCAGCCGAGAGCCCAGAUGUUGCUGAGAGGAUGGUUAUUAUUACUGGAACUCCUGAGGCUCAGUUUAAGGCCCAAGGUCGGAUAUUUGGGAAGCUGAAAGAGGAGAACUUCUUCUCAGGAAAGGAGGAGGUCAAACUGGAGACGCACAUCAAGGUUCCCUCAACCGCAGCUGGCAGAGUCAUUGGCAAAGGUGGCAAGACGGUUAACGAGCUGCAGAACCUGACGAGUGCAGAGGUCAUUGUACCGCGGGACCAAACUCCUGACGAGAACGACGAGGUCUUUGUGAAAAUCAGCGGGCAUUUCUUCGCCAGCCAGACUGCACAGAGGAAGAUCCGGGAGAUCAUUCAGCAGGUCAAACAGCAGGAACAGAAGCACCAGCAGGGCGCUGCCGUGUCACCGCACCACUCCAAGUGACCCAGCCAGGCGGCUCCAGUGGGCACCAGCCAAUGAAUGUAGCCCUCCCAAACGGACAGAGACUGACCCAGACUGAGGCCGAGGCCAAGGGCGACGCGCGGAGCAGACCAGCAGCGGCGGCACCGGGAUCAAAACCAAAGAACUUCGCUACGGGGGGAAACAAGUGAGAGCCAAAGGCUGAGGGCAUUGUGUGCACUGCCAGCCCUGUGAGAGCAGACAGAGUGGGAGAAAAUGGACUGAUACAAUAAAAGAAAAACAAAAAAAAGACCAAAAAAAAGAAAAAGGAAAAGAGAAGUUUAAAUAGCAUAAAAUUUGGGAAAUAAUGUCUUAUGAGUAAAAAACAAAACAAAAAC